UCUUCGCUGGUAAUAAUGGAUCAGGCCUUUGUGACACUGACUACAAACGAUGCCUAUGCCAAAGGUGCCCUGGUCCUGGGCUCGUCUCUGAAACAGCACAGGACCACUAGGAGGCUGGUCGUGCUCACCACCCCACAGGUCUCAGACUCCAUGAGGAAAGUUUUAGAGACACUCUUUGAUGAAGUCCUCACAGUAGAUGUCUUGGACAGUGGUGAUUCUGCUCACCUCACCUUAAUGAAGAGGCCCGAGUUGGGUGUCACACUGACGAAACUCCACUGCUGGUCACUUACACAGUAUUCCAAAUGUGUGUUCAUGGAUGCAGAUACUCUGGUCCUAGCAAAUAUUGAUGAUCUUUUUGAGAGAGAAGAAUUGUCGGCAGCACCAGACCCAGGAUGGCCUGACUGCUUCAACUCCGGAGUCUUUGUUUAUCAGCCUUCAGUUGAAACAUACAAUCAGUUGUUGCACCUUGCUUCCGAGAAAGGUAGUUUUGAUGGUGGGGACCAGGGCUUACUGAACACAUUUUUUAGCAGCUGGGCAACAACAGAUAUCAGAAAACACCUGCCUUUUAUUUAUAACCUAAGCAGCAUUUCUAUAUACUCCUACCUCCCAGCAUUCAAAGCGUUUGGUGCAAGUGCCAAAGUUGUGCAUUUCCUGGGACGGAUCAAACCAUGGAAUUAUACUUAUGAUCCCAAAACCAAAAGUGUCAAAAGUGAGUCUCAUGAUCCCACCAUGAUUCAUCCUGAGUUUCUUAACCUGUGGUGGGACAUCUUCACCAUGAAUGUUUUACCUCUGCUUCAACAAUAUGGCCUUGUGAAAGACACCUGCUCAUACCUAAAUGUGGAAAAUGUCUCAGGAGCCAUAUCACACCUGUCCCUUGGAGAGAUCCCAGCUACGGCACCUUUUGUAUCCUCUGAAGAACGGAAGGAGCGGUGGGAGCAGGGCCAGGCUGAUUACAUGGGAGCAGAUUCCUUUGACAACAUCAAGAGGAAACUUGACACUUACCUCCAGUAGAAAUACUGCCAUUUUCCUGCGGACACAUCCACUCCAUGGGCACCUGUUUCUCUUAGUAUCUAGACCUGGGUUGAGAAGUCUGUUACAGUUGCUAGAGGCUUUCACUAAAACUCAUCAGGGGUUUUUGCAGGACACAGAUGAGAACUGAGCAAAAAUUGUGAAGUAGCAAUCCUUUUAUAUCGACAGUGUGCAUUUUAACCCUUCUUAUUUAGCUCAUGUUUCAAAAAUUCUCAAUUAUGCUGAUCACUAAUACAAAGCUAUUAAAAUGGUCGUAUCAACUCUCACAUGUGCAGAACCAGGCUCCAUGUUGGUCUCCCUUCAGGAUAGGACAUGGCAUCUGCCCUAUCUUUGCUCGUUGUACUCACUAAACCUGCAUUUUAAAGUCUCCCAGAGUCUGCCAGAGUGAUUGUAAUUCUGCUUUUAAGACAGCCUGUAAUAACACUGUUGAGUGAUUCAUGAACAUAUCAGCAAAUGACGGUAACCCAUUCUACGCCCUAGUUUUUAGUGUCUGAAGAUGUUCACCCAUUUUCUGUGUACAGUAUAGGCAGCAUGCUAACUGCUUCUGUUCAGUUCUGUAUAUCUGAAAAUAGCAGUGUGUUCCCUGGUGGUUUUCUGUAGUGGCACUCUGUAUGAAAAAUAAAGACUUACUACCAUA